AUGAAACUAAUAGGAAAACAUAUUGAAAAAGAUCGUUCGGGUUGUGUUACACUUUGUCCUGAGGAAAUGGAAGAUAUGUGGCAUGUUUAUAAUUUAAUUACAGUUGGUGAUAAACUUAAAGCAACAACAUUACGGUAA